CAAUAACACAGAGGGAGAGAAGAAAUUAAGCAAAAGUUCUCAGUGAACAGUGUAAUUAAUAACAGUAUUUUACAGGAGUAAAACAGAGAAGAGAGAAAAAAACAGCAUAUGUAGCUCUUUUCCACCCAAAAAACCGCCAUGAAUAAACUUCCAUUUCAAGUGGACGUGAGACACAGUGGUGGGUUUCAGACUUUUAGUAAAGUGGGUGGGUUUCACCAAAAUUACUGAUUUCGAUGCACUUUAACCCCACCCAACAACCCCCCAUAUCUCUCUCUCUCUCUCUCUCUCUCUCUCUCUCUCUCUCUCUCCCCUCCAUGGCGGAUUUUUAGGCAUGGUGAAAAAAAACUGAACAGUAGUGGCAAGAAAGGGAUAUAUACCCACUAACUAGAGAGAGAGUGAGAGAGAGGAGGGAAAAGAGUAGUCUUUGUUUGUUUUUCAGGUCCUUUUGAUUAACGGGUCUCUGUCUAUAUCUAAAGGCCCUGAGUCUUUAUGAUGGGUCGAAGAAAGAGAGAGUAAAGAAACCAUCUUUGUUGAGAAACCCUCCUCCUCCUACCCAGUUAAAGACAACAAUCAAUUAAAGCGGUGUUGUUAAAGCAAACCAUAAAAAAUAAAAAGAGAAAUGGGUUUCUUUUGCAGAGGUGUGUUAUCGGUGAGAGAGCUAGAUUGAACUCCAAAUUGAGCUCUGAUCUUUUCGUUUCAUCAAUUCCUGAUUGAUCUCCAUUGUUCUUGCAUUUCCAUGGCUGUUUCCAGCUUAAAUCACCCAUGAUCUCAGCCUCUCAGACUUGAAGAGAGAGAAGAGUAAUGCUGAGGAAGAGAUCUAGAGCAACAACCAAGCAAGCUCUAAUGGCGGACUACAGCUCCAUACCAUCACCCACUGAAACCCACAGAAAACCCACAUCAUCAGUCUUCCUCUCUCCAAGAUUGUUCGCUGGUUUUGCUUCAAAGGGGUCCAGUACCAGUCCUGAUACUGAAUCUGUACUUAGCCCAACUUCGAUACUCGAUACCAAACUCUUUUCUGCUUUGAGAAAUCCCUUUUGGUCGGAUUCCCCCAAAUCUGAAGCUAAAACCCACUUUGACAAGUUGGAUUCGAGAGGGGUUGGUUUAGGCAUUGUUGAUGAACUUGUAACUGAUGAAUUGUCUGACCCGAAACUGAACAAGUCACAGAGCAGAAUGGUGCUUUUUGGAUCCCAGUUGAAGAUUCAGAUCCCUCCAAUGCCUCUGCCUUCCUCUGUUCUCUCCCCUGCCAAUUCAUCGCCGGGGUCGCCGGGCGAUUUCGGUAUCAAGACGAGGAGUACUUCCCAGAAAUCCCCGUUUGGGUCUGCGAAUUCGGGCCUGGGAAACCCGAACUCGCCGCGGGUUUUCGCCGGUUGCCUCUCUGCUAGCGAGAUGGAGCUCUCGGAGGACUACACUUGUGUGAUCACCCACGGGCCGAACCCGAAAACGACUCAUAUUUUCGAUAAUUGCAUUGUGGAGAGUUGCUGUGGUGUUGUUGGGAUGUCCAGUAGGAGAAAGGAAUAUGGGUUUCACGGGAAUCGAUCAAUGAGUUACCCAUCUGAGAGUUUUCUCAGUUUCUGUUACAAUUGCAAGAAGAAUCUUGGGCAUGGGAAAGACAUUUACAUGUACAGAGGUGAGAAAGCCUUUUGCAGCAGCGAAUGCAGGCACAAGGAGAUGAUGUUGGAAGAGGGAACGGGAAUGGAAAAGAUGGAGUCCGAAUCUUCCGACGACGAUGACGAUGUUUUCGUGGCUCUCCCCUGAUAAUUUCUCUCCAUUUCCCACCCCCUUUUUUUUCCCUCCUCAAAGUGCAAAAUAAAAUAAAAUUCUCUAGCUUCAUUUUGUUCAUGAUCAUCUGUUUUCCUCCUAUGGGUAUCAAUCAACUCACAAGAGCUGAGUUUCAGACUACAUGGAUUAAUGAAACAUGUAAUCAGGCCAAAAAUGGUUGUUUGAAAUGUGUAUGAAUGAUUAUUUGGAUACUUUCAGGUGUUUUGAUUGAGAUUGUAUAUUCGCAAA